CACAAUGUGGCUUACAUGCCACUGUCUUGUUUACUGUACGAUGCGACUAGAUCCUCCUUUGCUGCCUAUAGAUCAAUAGCUUAUCCUGAACCAUGAUGAAACAUAAACGACUGACAUCGCAAACACCUGUCAAAUUUGUUGAUCCGAAGUCCUGCAAGAAGAAGGCCAUUCUUGUGUUAGCUGCACCUGACUUCAAUUCCGUGUCCGUCUUCUCACUCAAGAAGCACAGUCUCAUGCCUGGUCUUACAUUCUCAUCAGCUGCAAAGAGGGGCAAGUUUUCCCUUUGCCAGGAUGAGGCAAAGGAAAAGGGGGUUACCCUCCCUAUGACCACCACACUUGCUGUGAAGGGAGAAGUGUAUUUUGUCAUGUGUCUAGCCCUCCAAGAGGCCAUUCAACUCAUCAAGGAGAAGGCUGCAAAGCAGGCCAAGGAGAAAGCAGUGGUGGAGAAGCUUGCAGAGGAGGAGCAGUUGAAGAAGAUUGCCGAAGCAGAGGUCAAGAAAUCAAAGGAGGUAGUCAGGGAGGAAGAAGCGGUAGACUCAGAGACAUUGGAGGAGGAGAAGGAAGAGGAGGAGGACAAUGUGGGGGGUUUGGAAGAUUGGGUCAUCACUCAACCAAAGUGCAAAUAUAGCACCACCCCUCCCAAGGGAAAGAAGGCCACACAGGUGGCCACAGUCACAACUUCAGCGCUGGUUGCUGGUCCAUCUUGCCCUGCACCUGGUCCGGUGACACAGGCCAUCUCACUCUCAGAGGAAAAUUGCACCGCCCCUCACCUGGUUGCAAGGGGUUCAAAGAGGGAGGCAGUAGAGAUGGUGGAGGAUAAAGAUUUGGAUGAGGUGGACGAGGUGGAUGAGGAGUUGCAGAGGCAGUUUGAGGUGAUGGAAUCUCAAUGUCAACAGGCAGAGGGCUUGCUAUUUACUACCAUACCUCCCGCAGAAAAAUCCAUAGUUGAUGUGCCACGUCCAGAAUACUUGUUCCUCAUUGGCAAUAAUGAGCAGCAGCCAUCGCUGAUCACAUCCUCACCUAAAGAAUCUAUCAAGGAAGAAUUGCUCGACAACUUCACAUCCCUAGACACACCUAGAGGUAACCUUCCAGGAGCCUUUCAUAGCAUGCCUAAAGCGGUGCAGAAAGUGAAACAUGUUAUGCUAACACCUAUAGAUGCCCUCACACCACUGCAUAAACACAUGGAAUUAGAUUCGCCCAUAAAGCAAGAAACUGUUCAAGUUCUCAACCCGCCCAUCUCAAUAACAAACAGAUGCCUCAUCGGUGCACUCUCAAGUUUAUAUGUGCAACAGCCCAUGCACAUGCCACCCGCACCCGCACCCGCACCCGCACUUGCCCCAAUUGCCUUGCAAGUAACAAUGUCUACUAUUCCGUAUCACAUGCCCAUUUGCGGCACUGACUGCACGCCAAAAUUCGAUGGCACUACUGCUAAUCUGUUAGAUUUUAUAGAUGCAUAUGAAGAACACACAGAUCAGGCCAGUCUCGCUGGUCUUAAUCAUAUCAAACAGAUAAUUUGCUAUCUCGCGCCCGCAGACAAAGAACUUUGGGCAUGUCUGCCUGAAGCGAAGCAGGGGAAACUCUUUGCUGGUGCUGUUGUUAUUACUGCCAUCUGUGCUCAAUACACUACUCUUCUCAUGGCACAACCUGAAAUCACCACACAUGUUGAAUAUUUACAUGAACAUCGCUCAGAAGCUGAAGGAGGAGGUAACUUCAAGACAAAGGUUUUUGCAGAUGCAGCAGACUAUAUCAACAACAACAAGGAUCUCACAGCAACUCAUAUGGGUCCACCAAAGACAGCUAAAUUAGUCCAAAACAAGUGGACAUCGCUUAAAGGCAUUUACCAUGCUAUCGAGAAGUAUCGUAACCAGACAGGGGUUCACUGGGACAAUCAGAAUGUAGUGGGGAUCGCAGGAUCAGCAGCGGCAGAUGUGUGGGGAACAUAUAUUCAGAAAAAUCAUCUGAUGCACCAAUUCCACGACAAGGGAUGGGACCAAUAUGAAAAAAUGCAAGCCAUUAUUCCACUGGGUGGCGCUAGAGGCCAGCAUGCUUUUCACCCAGGUGGCAUUGCUCCUUCCAUUACUGAUGCUGACAGUGAGCCUGGAGGGACAUCCAAUGCUGUUGUUCCAGCUGGUGCUGUAGCUACCUCGGCCAUUGCAACCUCAUCCGCAACCUUGGCUGUUCCUACUUCAUCUGGCCAUUCCUACUUCAUCUGCUGCUGGCUCGAAUGCUGGCAAAUGCCCAUAUGCUGA